AUGACCACUAUCCCGUCCUCAAGUCAAUGGGGAUCCCCAACUGCAAGCAGGAGAGCACUCCUCAUACAUGGUUUUAAUUCGUCUUCGCACACGUUCCACCGCGUUGCGUCGGCGCUCGCAGCCAAAGGAUACUUGGUCAUUGCUCCUAACCUUCUUGGACAUGCUCUGAGGAAUCCUGGAGUUGACUUUCAAAUGCAGACAUUGGCAGACGAUCUCUUGCCCUAUCUUCAGGCUGCUGAGUAUGACAUCGUCCUGGGCCACUCAUUGGGCGGGCUUGUGGUAUUAUCGCUUCUCAAGUACCUGCCGAAAGCCAAACCCACUUCAGUCGUUAUCAUCGACUCCUCUCUGGAGUUAACCGCAGAGCAGAUGGCGAAUAUGAGAGUUAUGUUUUCCAGCGAUGUCAAAGCCAACCCCACCGCGGAAGAUUAUAUGGCAUUGAGUCCUCUAUGGACGAGAGAGGAUGCCAUGUGGAGAGUGUUGGGAACCUCCAUCAGCAGGGUGACCAACUCCGAUGGCUACAUCGAUGACAAUGCGCCCUGGUCAUUUUCACAUUUGGUCGCCGACAGGCCUGCAGCUGUCGCAUUGACGAUCUUGAUCGCAGACCCGCGACUCAAUGGUUCUUCCAAGCUGGAGAGUGUCGCAAAAUUCAACGAUGUCAGAAUAGUGAUCGUUCCAAAUGCCUCCCACUGGAUACAGUAUGAAUUCCCAGACGUGAUUGUUGAAGAGGCACUAAGGAACACCGAAGAGCAAGACGAUGGGCAGUAA